GGGGCGGCAAAAUGUCUAGAGCCGCCCCUGGGUUCCGGGCAGUUGGCAGGGGGCGGCCAUGAGGGAAGGGCAGUUUUUAGGUUAGGAGAUGAGGCCAGAAGGUUCCGGGGAGCUGGCAGGGGGCAGCCAUGAGGGAAGGGCAGUUGUUAGGAGAUGAGGCCGGAAGGUUCCGGGGAGUUGGCAGGGGGCAGCCACCCAUGCUGCUGCCAUAUAGCCCCUCAAUGUAGGGUAAUGACUCAGGGCAUCAGUUUCUCCCCCAAAAGGGGGAUUUUAUCUCCUUCAUUCAUUAGAGAGGAAGAGGGGUGAUUUGUGAGGAGACUCUCUGUCGCUGUUUGAUAAUCAGCAAGGCGAAUCCAGGAGGAUUUUCGUGUCAGUAUUUCACCAUGGAGACAAACCCAGCGAAUGCAGAGGAUCCACGUUGUCCUUUGUUAAUUUACUUAGUGGCAGGAUCUUCCUAAUUCACUCCAGGGAACAGGCCCCAGGAAGACCGAGGGCUCAUUGAGGACUGCAAGGUCACACCAGCCAACCUAUCUGAGAGGGGUUUUGCAGGAACAGGGGAGAGCUGUUGGCAUUCCCCUGGCCGCUAAGUGGCGUGAUUUCUCCAUAAUUCACAGCAGCCAGGGGUUUGUUUGCUAGGAGAAAACCCAGCGGUAAAGAAGCAUCAGAAGAAGAGGGUUUUUUUACCCAUGAAAGCUUAUGCCCAAAGAAAUCUGUUAGUCUUUAAGGUGCCACCAGACUCCUCAUUGUUUCAGCUGUAAAGGGUUUAACUGUCCCAUUGCUGGUGUGUCCCCACCUCCCUUAUCCAGGGCACAGGUGUUUACACUGCUCUGGGCUCUGCUCACCACACUCAGAACACUUCAACAACCCACAAAGCUUCAACCCUGGUAAUUUCUUGGAUGAGAAAACGGCAGUAAGAAGGAUGAUGCCUUUUGCAACUUUCCUCAGGGAGAAGAUAAUCUAAUACUAGAGGGUUCUUUAAUCUACCAGACCAAGCCAGAACAAGACACAAAAGCUGGAAGUUGAAGUUGGGCAAGUUUCAGAUUGGAAAUAAGGUUUUUGAUAGAGGAAGGAAAAUCGCAACAGGAAUCAAGGCAGCUAUCUGGAGUGGGGCCGGACCGACCCCCCGGGCCGGCGGCGAGGUGGGUGCCGGAGUUAGAUAAACCUCCUGGUUUCCAGUUUCCACAUCCACUUCCCCAGAUUGCCCGGUGCAGCAUGACACAGACCUGCACUUCCUGGAGAACCCCUCGAACCAGACCUCGUCCCUGGGCAAGGACGUGCGGCUGCGCUGCGCCAUACAGCUGAGCCAGGAGCUGCCCGAGAUCAGCUGGCUGCGGGACGGGCAGGCGCUGGAGCUGGCCGACAGCAACCAGGUGCAGAUGCCCAUAAACGAGAACGUCUGGCUGGCCAUCAGCGAGCUCAGCAUCCCGUCCGUGCAGCUCUCAGAUGCGGGCAGCUACCAGUGCGUCAUGUGGGUGAACGGGGAGGCGGUGCUGUCCGAUGCCGCCCACCUGGGGCUGGAAGGUCUGCCCUUCUUCUCCGAGGAGCCCCAGGAGCUGGAGGUGGCAGCUGACACCCCCUUCAACCUGAGCUGCAGCGCCCAGGGUCCCCCCGAGCCGGUGCGGAUCAUCUGGCUGCAAGACGGGGCCCCCCUCAACUCCCUGGUGGACCCCCUGGCACGGGUGCCCUCCACGCUGGCCGUGAACAGCCUGAACAGAAGCGCCUCGUUCUCCUGUGAAGCCCACAAUGCCAAGGGCGUGGCCACCUCCCGGACCGCGGCCGUGACAGUGGUCCCCCAGCGGCCGAGGAGCCUGGUGCUGGUGACAAGCAGCGAGAACGCCCUGGAGGUGGCCUGGGAGCCGGGGGCCAGCGGGGCGUCGCCCCUCAGCGUCUGCACCGUCCAGGCUGUGCGCACCGACCAGGACCUCAGCACCGUCCCCCCCGAGGCCAUGUACAACCAGACCCUCAACGUGCCGCCCUUCCGCCACCUCAUCCAGGGGCUGGCGCCCUUCGCCUCCUACCACGUCCGCGUGGCCUGCCGCAGCGGGGCCGGCGCCUCCCGCUGGACCCACUGGGUGCCCAUGGAGACCCUGGAAGGGGCGCCCCGUGCUCCUCCGGAGAACGUCACGGCCUUCCAGAACGGCAGCCGGGCCACGGUGCACUGGCUGGAGCCACGCGGGCCGCUCGGCGGGAUCCUGCGUGGGUACAGGCUGGCCUAUCAGAGCCCCGGUUCGCCCGAGGUGGUGGUGGAUGUGGGGCUGACCACCGAGAAGACCCUGGAGCUGGUCUCGGAGGUGCAGAACCUGAUGGUGCGGGUGGCGUCGUACACCAGCGCCGGGGACGGGCCCUGGAGCGACGCCGUCGUGGUCUCCCCAUCCCAGCCGCUCGCCCCACAGACUGAGCAAGUGAGGGAGACCGCGGCCCCCGCCUUCUCGUGGCACUGGUGGGCUGUGAUCCUGGCCGUGGGCCUGGCCGUGGCCUUCGCCAUCUUCUUCGUCCUCGUCCUGGCCCGGCUGCGCAAGAAGGAGACGCGCUUUGGGGAGGCCUUUGAGCCCCAAGUGGAGCAGGGCGAGCUGGUGGUCCAUUACCGUGUCCGCAAGUCGUACAGCCGCAGAACCACGGAGGCUACGCUGAACAGCCUGGGCAUCAGUGAGGACCUGAAGGAGAAGCUGCGGGACGUGAUGGUGGAUCGGCACAAGGUGGCCCUGGGGAAGACCCUUGGUGAAGGCGAGUUCGGCUCCGUCAUGGAAGGGCAGCUCAACCAGGACGACAGCGUCCUCAAGGUGGCCGUCAAGACCAUGAAGAUUGCCAUCUGCACCCGCAGCGAGAUGGAGGAUUUCCUGAGCGAGGCCGUCUGCAUGAAGGAGUUCGACCACCCCAACGUCAUGAAGCUCCUGGGGGUGUGUCUGCAGAGCACGGAGAGCGAGGGCUUCCCCUCGCCUGUCGUCAUCCUGCCCUUCAUGAAACACGGCGACCUGCACAGCUUCCUGCUCUACUCCCGGCUCGGCGACAGCCCCCUGUACCUGCCCACGCAGAUGCUGGUGCGGUUCAUGGCCGACAUCGCCAGCGGGAUGGACUAUCUCAGCAGCCGGAACUUCAUCCACCGGGACCUGGCCGCCCGCAACUGCAUGCUGAACGAGAACAUGAACGUCUGCGUGGCCGACUUCGGCCUCUCCAAGAAGAUCUACAACGGCGACUAUUACCGCCAGGGCCGCAUCGCCAAGAUGCCCGUCAAGUGGAUCGCCAUCGAGAGCCUGGCCGACCGCGUCUACACCACCAAGAGCGACGUGUGGUCGUUCGGCGUCACCAUGUGGGAGAUCGCCACGCGGGGGCAGACGCCGUACCCGGGCGUGGAGAACAGCGAGAUCUACGACUACCUGCGCCAGGGCCAUCGCCUCAAGCAGCCGCUCGACUGCCUGGACGGGCUGUACCAGCUGAUGAGCAGCUGCUGGGCCCUGCACCCCAAGGAGCGCCCCAGCUUCCAGGAGCUGCACGGGGCGCUGGACAAGACGCUGCGGAGCCUCCCGGCCGCCCAGGGCCCCGACGAGAUCCUCUACGUCAACAUGGAGGACGGGGGGGCGGAGCAGGGCGCCGUGGGGGGGCCGGGCCCCGAGCCGCCGGCCAAGGAGCAGCUGCUGCCAAAGGGGGCCGUGGCGGCCCAGGUGCACCGGGCCGAGGGGGCGGGACGCUACGUCCUGUGCCCCGCCCCCCCCGAGAGCGGCCGGCGGCCGGGUGGCCCCCCCGCCGCCCCUGCGCCCUGCGCCGCCUCCGAGGAGGGGGCCUGGGGGGGGGCUGAUCCCAGGGGCCCCGAUCCCCGUCUCACUGGCAGGGCUAGGCAGCCUGCUGGGGUGGCCCCACCCCCCAUCUCCUGUCUGACCCCCCCGAUCCUGGGCCCCUGCCCCCCAUCUCCUGUCUGACCCCCCCGAUCCUGGGCCUCUGCCCCCCAUCUCCUGUCUGAC